CAGAUUUUGGACUUAUUCUCGCAUUUAUUUUGCUAUCGUAAUUUAUAAUUAUCAUCAAAUAGUGCCGAAUAUUUCAUAAUAUGCAAACAAUUUGGGUUCGAUACCUGUCAGCAGUGAAAAUGUUAAUUGAAAUUUUAAGUGCUGAUUUACCCUUAACUUAGUUUAUUCUAUGAACAACAUAAAUAUUUCUAACCAACCUUCUCUCAAUGCGUUCCAAAACAUCUUGAAUUCGAUGAAGCACUUGCACAAACUCCGUAAUAUUGCGGCUAUUACGAGCCUCCGUUUCAGCCCGCAAUUGGGACGUCUUAACCAAGGCUCUUCUUGCUUCUUCCUGAGUAAAACGCACACGUCGACGGCGUCGUCUUCUUUGUUGUUGUUCACCUCCAGUUGGUGCAACAGAAACCGCUUGUGUGGGAUGUGCCUCUGGAGUACGUGUAGGUACAGUAUAAGAUAUACAAGGUUCAGGAGCAUGUACGUCUACAAGUACUGGUGGUUCACUUUCAGCCUCUAGCUGUUGCUGCUCUUGAACCAGUGAACUCCUGAGAUUAACACCCUCAAUGACUUCAAUGGUAUUAAGAACAACUUCUUGUUCCAAGGACUGUUGGACCUCCUGUAGAGGUAUUUGGGACAUAUCUGAAGUUGAUGCAGCCUGCGAAUUAAACCCUUUUGUCACUACAAAACGUACGUAGCGGAAUUCGUAUUGUACAUUGCACAAAAUUUAAUCAAUAUAUCUACAAAUAACUAAAUAAGUUAUCGCGAAAAUAGAUAUCUUAGCUUAAAUCAAAUAAAAUUUAAACUUUGGCCACCCCAUGGUUUAAUGAGAUACAAGAAAAAACUUACAUGAAUAUUUGAAUCUUCAAAUGGAUUUACACGAAUACCAGGAAGGCCCAAACCAAAAUCUUCACCUACAAUAUUUAAAAACUUCUUUUCUAAAGUCGACAGCUGUGGAACAUUAGAUGGCUCUCCAUCAGUUCGAGAUUGCGCAGAUCUAAUAGUAGCACACCGCUUCUUCAGCUUCCCCUUGUAAUCAAUCCAAUACUGAAAAAAAGAAAGCUAUUUUGAAUAUUCAUAUAAAUAAUAUGCGUUUUCAACUUCAACAGUCCAUAGACAGAAAAACAAUUACUAUGAUAAAUAUUUACUCAUAAUACUUACGGCAGACCAGCCUUUUCCGUCCUUAACGGCACCAUCUCCAAAUGAAUUGAGGGCUUGGGCUACCUCCUCCCACAUGCGGCGGGAAGUUUCUCGAGCUUGUGCACUUUUAUUAAAGCCCACUGCAACAUCCCUAUUGGAAUUUAAAAACUCCCAUAGGAUUUCUAAUUGAGAGUAUGUUACGCGACGCCGACGUUGUGCUUCAGCCAUUGCUUCUUUAGUAAUGAAAUCACAUUUCGCCUUAAAUCUUAACCAAACCACACAAUUCCAUUAAUUUAUUACGGUACGAAGGGUGCUUACAUUUAAAAUGAACAUGGUAACUAAUUUAUUAUCCACUUGACACACAGACACAGCUCAUAUUAUAAUAAAUUCUCAAAAAGAGCACACAAACUAAAUUUCGCCUCGACUUAAGUGACUUUACACCAUCAAUCACAUCUCAAAUCGAAAACAUAUAUUCAAAAAUCCACUUUAGUUCCUCGUCGUCAUCGUAAAUUAAUAAACAAAACUCGUAGAAACAAAAAAAGGUUUUUAUUAUGUUUGAAUAUCUUAAAAGCAUAUUACUACCUCAUUUCAAGUGGUAAUAAUUUAUUUAGCAUUAAAAAACUACAAGAAUAUGGGUUUCACUUUAAGACCGACCUUAAAAUUAAAGAGAUAAACUUAUGUAACAUUUAUAUAGCGUCCUCUCACUCGAACGGUUAGCCAAAACAAGACAGAGACAAUGCUAACCCGUGAGCAAAGCCGUUAUAUGGGUUUAAAACAGUUGAGCUAAGCGUAGUUCAUAGUACCAAAUUAAGCAUUUCUGUUUAAGGUCAGAACUCCCGAUUAUAUUACCUUAUCUAUGGGUCAGAAACUGAACUGAUCGGAACUUGCCAAGUUUAUAAACACUUCGUAGUAGGCCGUAUAUAUAGUACGUAGGCGUUAUAAUAGUUAUAGUACCUAAUUAUAAUACUUACACUUGACCAUACAUAGGCUUAGAAUAAUAACACCUAGAACGAUAGUUCCCUACAAAGCGGACGUUCAAAUGUGGGGCAAGUACAAAAUCUAUCAACUUGUGUUUACGCUAGACGAAACGCACACAAGUGAAGAAAUAAUGUUGCCAACAGGGGCGUAGCUACCGCCGUAUCAGUUAUGUUGCGGCUAGUGGCGUCAUUUCUCAGAGAUAGGAAGUUCUACGUCUGUGUAGAGGACGCCAAGUCCGCAGCGAGACCAAUUAGAGCCGGCGUACCACAGGGCAGUUGUCUUUCGCCGAUCCUGUACACCAAUGACAUCCCCACCCUGGCAGACCACCUGGGCGAAUGGGAAGACGAUGUUGAAUUAGCGCUAUACGCGGACGAUAGUGCCUAUUUCACAUAGUCUAGAAGAGCCCACAUAGCCACUGGCAGGAUGCAGCGCCUGCUGGACCUGCUGCCACCAUGGCUGGACGAGUGGAGGAUGACCGUCAAUGUUGGCAAGACGACUGCUCUGCUCACUCGCGGCAUCAGGAACUUCCCAUCACCGUUGACGCUCAGGGGCCAGGGAAUCACAUAUGAAAAGGCCGUGACGUACCUGGGGUGCCGGAUCGACCGAAUGCUGCGCAUGACCGCGUUCGUCGAUGUCGCCGUCCGCAACCGACGCAAAAAGAGGGGUGUUAUAAGUUUGACUGUUAUGUGUAUGUGUGCAUGUGGCACGGUAGCUCUUAAACCGAUUUGGGUGCGGUUUUUUUUUAAUUUAAAAGGAGGUGUUCUAGUGGUGGUUCUUAGAUAAAUAUUUUAUCAAAAUCGAUUCAGCCGUUUCAAGGUCAUCAGCUGUUUUUUAGAUGCGGUAGGGUUCCUUUCGGGGGUUUUAAAAUUUUCAAUUUAAGUUAUUAAAAUUGUGUAAAGUGUAUGCUAAGACAAAAAUACGCAUUUUGUAUAUUAGACAUUUGUGGUUUAUAUAUUUAUGAGCAGUUGAAAAUGAAAUACAGCUUGCUUUAUAUAACAUAAGAAAUUCAUUAAUUUUGGUCAAAUUUCAUCAUUUUCAUUGGUCAAAAUUCCACCACCACUAGAUAGUUGACCACUAGGUGACAACUGGUAUGUUAUAUUACUAAUACUAUUCAUAAGCUCGUUUUUUUUAUUUCAGGUAAUAGAACGCCGCUAUUAUUCUCGAGUAAGCCCAUUCUCUGAAAAGAGGCGUAUUCCUCCGUACAUCAUGGCCACUUCAACACCGUUAUCUAAUAACAAACCCUCGCAAUAUUUAAGCCCACGUUUCUACCACAUGGAUUAAUUGUUUUGUAUAAAUAUUUAUUAAAUGAAAAUACAAUAUAACUAUUUAUUAAACACAGAAAGCCUGUGAUAAGAUAUGGGGGAUUUAAUGCUUUAUAAAGGCUCCAUUAAAAUAUUGAUGAAUAAAGAAUUGGAAAUUUG